GCCCGCUGGCUGAGUCGUCCAACGCGAUUAGGCGAGGUGGGAACAACGAGAUCAGUGUAGUAAAAGUAGCUGGCUCAGUGCGACUGUUGAUCUUCAUACGCGUGUAAAUAAAUUUCUCUAGCAACGACAUCCAUCUUCAGUAAUAUCGUUUGGUGAAGAUAUGGACAGGCAGCCAUAAAAGGAGCAGAGGAUUGCCGUCAAAAUAAGGCGGAAAAUAAAUAAAUAGAGUUAAAACUCUACAUCGCCUAGUGAUUUGUGAUUAAAAGUGAACCUUAUUGUACUGCAGCGUUAAAGUGAAUCUCGCACAAGGGAAUUGGAGUUGGUGACCGAAUUAUGAAAAUAAAUAAUUAUGAUUUGUUGGAACAGUAGUGAUAGUUUAGGUAUGUCGGACGGUGAUGAGCGGUGAACAGUGUUAUCGCGAGUUGAGUGAGCGUUAUCACCAUGGACUGGAGAAUUCGAAGGCAAGCCCGCCAAUACCGGUGAAGUUCGUCGAGGCCGCUGCCUUUUGAACAGAUCGCCAUGGCAGACACAACAGUACCCGAAAAUCACCUGGAUAAUAAAAACCCAGACGCAACAAAGGACAUUGGUGAUCAAGAAGUAGUUCCAGACACAAUGGAACCCAGAACUGUAGAACAAGAAUCUUUAUUUGUGAUAAAGGACGAAAAAAAUAGUGAUAGUGAUAUUAACAGUGACGAUCUUAGCUCCAAUGAUGAACAAAGCCAUGUUGAUAGCAGCAAUAACUCUCAGUUUUAUGAGAAUACAGAUAGCAAAGCAGAUUACGCUAUUAAAAGUGAUGAUAAUGAUACAUUAAGUGACAUAGAUGAUAUAAAGACAGACACUGCGUCAGCUGACAGUGAAGACUCGGCGCUCGGUAGCCUACCUCCCGACAGCACCAGCAAUGAUCGGGACGAAGAGGCCCAGGACCGAUCAGACGGAAGUGACUCUGGUAUCGGAUCAGAAACCGCUGAAGAACGAAAGUUUAAUCUUGAACUGCCAUGCACGAGCGGCCUAAAUAAUGCUGAAAGUCACGAACAAUCAGCAAGUCUAAGUAACAGCUUUAAAACUGAACGCACAGAAGAAAAUUCUGAAACACAAAGCCAGAAACCUCAUCGAAGUAGUCUUAAAAGAAAAUGUAGCGACGAAAGUCAAGAAGGACCACCGAUGAAAAAAAGAAAAGAGGGCAUUAAAUUUGAUAACGUUACUGUAUACUAUUUCCCUAGAACCCAAGGAUUCACCUGUGUUCCAUCUCAAGGCGGUUCUACUUUAGGGAUGGAAAGAGAACACAUUCACUCGCAAAAGUUUACUCUGGCUGAGCAUGCUUUAGAACAAAGAAGACUACAUAGGCAAAUUUUGCAACAAUUGAAAAGUGAGCGUCAUUCAUUGCAAGGAGCGGCGCUAAGUUCUAGCGAGGAUAGUGACACGGAAGAAGAAGCAAGCGAUAUAUCUGAAUCUGAAUUAGAUUUAGAUAGCUAUUACUUUCUACAGCCAGUACCCACACGGCAAAGGCGAGCUCUUUUGCGCGCAGCGGGAGUUCGAAAAAUUGAAGGCUAUGAAAAAGACGAGUGCAGGGACAUUCGAACUUCGCGAGAGUUCUGUGGAUGUGCUUGCAAAGGAGUCUGCAAUCCAGAGAAUUGCUCAUGUAGUUUGGCUGGCAUAAAAUGCCAAGUUGAUAGAUUAAACUUCCCCUGUGGCUGUACUAGAGAUGGGUGUGGCAAUACCACAGGGCGAAUAGAGUUCAACCCUGUAAGAGUUCGGACACACUUUAUUCAUACUCUCAUGCGAUUGGGAUUAGAGAAGAAAAACGAAGAAAACCAAGCAGCAAAAAGACAAUGGGCUGAAGCUCACAGUACCAAUACAGCUUCUUGUGUUUCAAACACAUCAUAUGAUAGAGAACGCUGUCUGACGCAUGAAGACGGAUUACUACGCGACGUUAACUUAACUCCGAGAGUGGAAGUGGAAUCAUGUGUAAACGCUGGAAGUUUUAACAAUGUGCACUGCGACAUGAACAAUGUUCCAAUUCAAAGCAGUAAUAUGCAGGAUAAUAAAAAUUACAAUUACGCAAACAAUGCAUUAAACCAUAGAAAUAUAAAUCAAAAUAGUGUUAUGCAUUUUGAAGAGAAUCUGCAUAGCAACCGCGCGGACUCUUAUACAUGCAACAUACUACAGGGUAAAGGACCUCCUUACUCCAUGCCUAACAGUAUGGGGUUCGAUAUGUCGAGCAAUGUACAAAGGUUUCACAACGAUCUCAACUACGUUUAUGGACAGCAUUCUGAUAACAAUCAUUUCAAGGGAUUGCAAACGAGCUUCUCUGCAACAAGUUUCGAAGAGUUCGCCCACAACUCCCAUAUUUCCAUGUUUAGUCACUACGGCCAUAUGUACGUCCCCGACUACAGCCACAAACCGAGCACAAGCCUGCACGAGCAUGACUCAAUGCAGUAUCCUUUAUCUCAGAACCACUACGGCGUAUACAAGAAUACUACGGAGUGUAUGAAUACUGAGAACAAGACAGAUUCUCAUUAUAACAUGAUGUUGCCAUAUCAAAAUAGCAAUAAAUUGCAAACGGAGGAGAAUGAUGAGAAUUGGUUCAGUCACAAUACCCUACUGAACCUGGACCACUCGGACCAGACGACGCAGGACGCGUCAGAUCUGCAGCAGCAGGCCGCUGCGCCGCCGGCCGAGACCAAUGCUACCGAUACUACUGACAAUUUCGGUGAAUUAAUUAAGAAAACUAUGGUAGAAUCUGUUACUGUGUAGAUGAAUUCUUGUUGUAUUUUAACGUCUUACUGAUUAUCAUGUUAUUAAGUUUUAAUUAUAUUGGACUAUUCAGCAGA